AAAGAGGAUAGACUUUUCAUUGAUCUAAAUCCGGAAAGUUUAGAUAAUGUUGGUUUACAACCCAAACAAAUUACUAUCGUGGCUGUUUUAAAAGAUGGAGGUCAGAUAAGUCUUGAAGAUGCUGGUUUG